UUCCUGAGGCUGCACACUUGCCAUGAUAAGCUCUUGGCUUCUGUUCAGUGUCAUUGCUCUGAAAGCAAGUUUGAUUUUGAGACUGUGUUAAAUGAAAUAUAUUCAGUCUUCUAUUUCAAAAUGUACCUACUCACUUAAAAAUACAUAUAUGUAUUUGUCAUUGCACGCACUGUUAAAUUGCAAACCAUGAGCCACCUGUGCCCGUGCCCAUUAAUCUGUGUCUAAAGGAAGUGAAAUAAAAGGAGUGCUCAAAGCUGGGGAAGGUGUGUGUAUGCUCUCACCUUGUAAACCAACACAAGUUAAGUUAAAAUUACUGAAUUACUUAUUUUCCAAAAUGCAGCAUCUUCAUCCAAGAAAUCUCUUUGGGGUGUCAGAUACAAAUGUCACUGGCCUUGGAAUAAAACGAUGGACCCAAAUGGGAGCCAUGUAGAGCACUGUUUAUUCAUUGCAGUAACGUGGUGAAUUCUUAUUUGAUUGACCCAGUUUAUUUAUUAGUUCAAAGGAAGAUGAGUUGGCUCAAGGCCUGCAUACUCCAAGCAAACACAGAUUUCACUGUUCCUUAGUAUUUUCAUAACUUAAAAUGUUACUGAAGCAAUUACUAAUUCUUCUAAUUUAUGCCUCCAAAAGUUUUUAAAUCUGUGUAUUUGACUGUUCCAAUACUGCCAAUUUAUUCAAUUUGCUGUAAUAUUUAUCAUACUUCAUUUAAGGAUAGUAAUGGCAUUAAUUUAUUAUAUAAGGCUACAGAGAGGUUUUCUUGCCAUUACUGUUCAAUUUGGGUUUAUUUCCAAAAUCUAAUCUUGCCAUUACACAGGGGCAUCUCUGGUAAAUGGAGGAGAGCAUAACCAAUUUAUAAUGGACACUGUUUAUUGACUUUUUAAAAGUAUAAAAGCCCACAUACACGUAUUUAUACAUAGAAGUGCUUUUUAACUUCUAGAAAAAGAAGGGAGGAGAAAUUGUUUUGGAGAGCAAUAAUGAUGAUAUUGCAAUAAUGAUAAUAUUUCACAAUGCUGCACCCUAAAACAACACUACUAUCACCAGCUCUUUUAGCUUUGUGCUGGAAAGCAUUUGGUUCAGUGAUAUAUUUAUUUUUUUCCCUAGGAAAGUGAGGGAAAAGUGCAGGUUUUGCAUUCCUGGCCAGGAGAUGCACUGAAGCCCCAGCUGAGCCCAGUGCUUGGUGUACGUGGCCCACGCAGAGCUGAGCCUGGAGUGUCCAAGGUUUUCUUACACUCCCAGGACUGAUGUGAUUGUGUAAAUCUGAUAUUAAUCUGUUGGAGGAGGAGUUCUGCAGUCGAAGCCCUGCUGCCUGUUCCAUGUGUGUAAAGAUUCCAUGUCUGAGUCCCUGUCCCGCAGAGCCGACUGCCCGCGCUGCCUCGCGCUCUUCCCUGAAUUCAUUUCUGGCCUUUCCUGGGGCAAGUCCUGGCAUCCAGCCCCCAGCCCUGCAGCUCCUGUGCUCCAGGGGUCCCUGGGCACGCUUCUGCUUCUCUCUGGAGGUAUCAAUGAUGGAUGGAAACCAAUCCUCUUUACCAAGCCAAACAUCCCAAAUAGCAACGGGCUGUCUCAACUCAAAGUGGCUGCAAAUCAGCUCCUAAAUAUUGUCACUGAAAUGAAUAUCUAGAUUUGAUAGUUCUUGCCAAUCCUAUAAAUGUUUUUGAAAGAAGCAUUGACUUAAUGCAUGAUAUAGAAAGGAGAAAUUUGCCUUUAAAUUGGAAUGCAAAGUGACUGAAUUCUCCAAUUUCAGCCACUGUAUUUGCCAAAGAACAAGCUGGAAAAUGGAACUGGUAUCAUUCAGCUGUUCCUGGUUCACUGGGAGGCUCAGGGAAGGCAGAGUAGUUUAUUGAUAAACUAAUGACCUCUGAAUUGGACAGUCUGAAGUGGUGUAAGUUUGCUUUUACAUUCAUUUAGCACAGGAAAGCUGUAGGAAGCAGUAAUGGUUUAAAAACUCUUUAUUAUCGGUCAUUGAUACUCCCAGUAAUUCCCAGUAUAGGCGAGUUGGCUGAGUUUUACUGUUAAUUAAAUGUGUGUAUCAUGGCUGAACGUGCUUCAUUCUGAUACUUUUAAAUAACUAAAACUGUAUCGACUAGUCCAGCAGUCUCUAAAUCUUUUAAUUAGACUUGAGAGACUACUGUAUUAUUUUGGAUUUUAAAAAAAUCCCGAGCAGCAAAAGGAAAACAUCAUGUUCCUCUUAGUAAUAGAGAUUACCUGUAUGACAGCAGUAAGUAGCUGAACAAACAUAUUGUAUUAUUAUGUAUAUAUUUAAUGCACAAUUUGUUUCCAAAAUUAGGUUAUUUCAGUGCUUCUGGUUUAUCAGGUGUGGGUGGCAGUGCAGAAAUACAGAAAACAGGGUCUCCCCACAGAAAGCUAAAAUCUGACUAUAAAAUUCAGCUAUUCCUCAGUGAGGUGCAGCUGAUUGAAAUAAAUACAUAUGUUUGAGUGGCCUGCUUCCUCUGGGAUAUUUAACUUACGUAUUCCAUUGACUUGUCCAUUAAAAUUCUUCAAUGGUGUUCUCCAGAAAUCUUCAGGGGUUUGGUGUAAUAAUUUUCAUGUUUCUAAACCAAAUUGAGCUCUGGGACCUCUGCAGAAAUUGUAGUUACAGCGUUGGAAAUCUCCUGUUUUAUGUGAAUUUUUCAGAGGUCUGUCCCAAGCCAUCUCUGUGGAAGGGGCCAAUAAAGUCUGAGAGAAAUUGGUCCCAGUGACUGAAGAAGUCAAAUUACAGAAAUUCCCAGUCCUUGGGCCAGCGUGUCUCCAACACAGAUAUUUCAUCCCUGUUUUGAACCUUCAAAAUCAACAGCUCGCUCAUAGUGACUGAUACCAGUUCCAUUUUGCCUACCAACUCAGUUGAUUUUAUAUUUUAUUUCUCAUUUAUGAUGGAAUAAUCAGCAGCUCUUUUUCUCAUUUAUUUUCUCAUAUUUUUAUUCCAGGAUUUGCCUCUGAAGCAGGGAGUGUCUGCAUUAAAAAUGACCUGUAGUUCUCUGCUUCAUAGAUGCUUCUUCAGCUCCCUCCUCUUCCUCCAUGGGCGGUGCUUGCAGCUCCUUUACCACCUCUUCCAGCCCUACCAUUUACUCUACCUCAGUCACCGACAGCAAGGCUAUGCAAGUGGAGAGCUGCUCCGCGGCCGUGGGGGUAAGUACCCGAGGGGUAAGUGAGCAGCAGAUAACCAGUAACACAGCCCAGCAGCAGCCGGCCACGCCGAAGCGCCACACUGUCCUGUACAUCUCGCCACCACCCGAGGACUUGCUGGACAACAGCCGGAUGUCCUGCCAGGAUGAGGGCUGUGGAUUGGAGUCAGAACAGAGCUGCAGUAUGUGGAUGGAGGAUUCACCCUCCAACUUCAGUAACAUGAGUACCAGUUCCUACAAUGAUAACACUGAGGUGCCACGUAAAUCGCGCAAGCGCAACCCAAAGCAGAGGCCAGGGAUCAAACGCCGAGAUUGCGAAGAGUCCAACAUGGAUAUCUUUGAUGCCGACAGUGCCAAAGCGCCUCACUAUGUCCUUUCUCAGCUCAGCACGGACAGCAAAAGCAACUCAAAAGCAGGAAAUGGAGCAUCAGAGAACCAGAAGGGAGCUGGAGGGAAGAAGACCCCAAUGUUGUGUGGUCAGUACCCGACUAAGAGUGAGGGGAAGGAGCUGAAGAUCAUGGUGCAGCCGGAGAGCCAGCACAGGGCUCGGUACCUGACCGAGGGCAGCCGCGGCUCCGUCAAGGACCGGACGCAGCAGGGCUUUCCCACCGUGAAGCUGGAAGGCCACAACGAGCCCGUGGUGCUGCAGGUGUUCGUGGGCAACGACUCCGGGCGCGUGAAGCCGCACGGGUUCUACCAGGCCUGCAGGGUCACGGGCAGGAACACCACGCCCUGCAAGGAGGUGGACAUCGAGGGCACCACUGUCAUCGAGGUGGGGCUGGACCCAAGCAACAACAUGACACUGGCGGUUGAUUGUGUGGGAAUCCUGAAGCUGAGGAAUGCUGAUGUGGAAGCCAGGAUAGGGAUUGCGGGCUCCAAGAAGAAAAGCACCCGCGCUCGGCUCGUCUUUCGCGUCAACAUCACGCGCAAGGACGGCUCCACCCUGACCCUGCAGACACCUUCUUCCCCAAUUCUGUGCACUCAGCCAGCAGGAGUCCCAGAGAUCCUAAAGAAAAGUCUCCACAGCUGUUCAGUGAAGGGUGAAGAGGAAGUUUUUCUGAUUGGCAAGAACUUCCUAAAGGGAACAAAAGUGAUUUUCCAAGAGAAUGUUUCUGAUGAGAAUUCUUGGAAGGCAGAAGCUGAAAUUGACAUGGAAUUAUUUCAUCAGAAUCACCUUAUUGUGAAGGUGCCACCAUAUCACGACCAGCAAAUCACUUCAGCUGUCUCAGUGGGAAUUUACGUGGUGACCAACGCUGGCAGAUCUCACGACGUGCAGCCCUUCACCUACACUCCAGAGCCAGCUGGGACUCUGAAUGUUAAUGUGAAGAAGGAAAUCUCCAGCCCAGCCCAACAUUGUUCUUUUGAAGAGGCUAUAAAAGCAGUGAAGGCCACGGGCUGUAACCUGGAGAAGGUGAACAUUCUUCCUAGUGCCUUGAUAACUCCACUCAUGCCAAGCAGUAUGAUCAAGAACGAAGAUGUGGCUCCAAUGGAAGCUUCAAAUGUGGUUGGACCAACUCAGCAAACAUUGGAAAACAGCAUGUCUGGCAUAUCAACUUCUGCUUCCCAUUUACCUUCUGAAAGUGAAAACCAGCAGCAAAUCCAGCCCAAGGUGUACAACCCAGAGACCCUGAGCACGAUCCAGACGCAGGACAUUUCCCAGCCCGGCAGCUUCUCCGCAGUGUCCGCCCCGGGCCAGCUGCAGAACAGCGAUGCCCUGCUGCAGCAGGCUGCGCAGUUCCAGACGAGGGAUUCGCAGCCCAGGGAGGUGCUGCAGUCGGAUGGCACGGUGGUGACUCUGUCACAGCUGACCGAUGCCUCGCAGCAGCAGCAGCCGACGCUCUCGGAGCCGGCCCAGGCCCUGCAGCAGCAGAUUUCCUCGAGCAUCUUCUCGUCGGCCAGCGGCGUGAGUCAGCUCCAGAACACCAUCCAGCAGCUCCAGGCUGGGAACUUCCCCACCAACACCGCCACGGGCAGCAACAGGAACGUUGACUUGGUGCAGCAGGUUCUGGAAGCUCAGCAGCAGUUAUCUUCCGUUUUGUUUUCGGGCUCAGACAGCAGCGAGGAUGUCCAAGAUCAGCUGAACGCGGAUAUCUUUCAGCAGGUCAGCCAGAUACAGAGCAGCGUGAACCCCGGGAUGUUCUCCUCCUCAGACACAGCUGUGCAUUCCAGAGGGGAGAACCUUUUGCCCGGACGAGCUGAGAGCGUUCACUCCCAGCCUGAAGGUGCCCUGUCCAGCCAGCAGCAGCAGCAGCAGCAGGCCAUGGAGACGUCGGCGGCCAUGGUGAUGGGCAUGCAGCAGAACAUGUGCCAGGCGGCCACGCAGAUGCAGUCGGAUCUGUUCUCCUCCAGCACGGCGGGGAACGGAGCCCUGCAGCAGUCCCCGGUGUACCAGCAGGCCUCUCACAUGAUGGGUGGCUUGUCCAGCAGUGAGGACAUGCAGAUGCAGUGUGAGCUGUUCUCCUCGUCCCCGGGGGUGUCCGGCGGCGAGGCGGCCGCCCCCGCGCAGCAGCCGGUGUCCAACAGCGGCGCUGCCAUGUUCCAGCCGGCCAGCUCUGCAGAGGGGGAGGAGGCCUCGGGCCAGAGCAAACAGAUGCAGAGCUCUGUGUUUCAGACCAUGGUUCAGAUGCAGCACAGCGGGGAAAGUCAGUCCCAGGUUAAUCUCUUCUCAUCUACCAAGACCAUGAUGAGUGUCCAGGCCAGUGGGACUCAGCAGCAGGGCGGGGGUCUGUUCCAGCAAGGUGGAGAAAUGAUGUCGAUUCAGUCGGGAAGUUUCAUCCAACAGUCUCCACACUCACAAGCUCAGCUUUUCCACUCUCAGAACCCUAUUGGUGACACUCAGAAUAUAUCCCAGGAAACACAAGGAUCCCUUUUUCAUAGCUCAAAUUCCAUUGUCCACAACCAGACCAACACUAAUUCCUCUGACCAACUGCAGCCCCCGAUGUUCCACUCACAGAAUGCCAUGGGUGUCUUGCAGAGCUCCUCGGUGCCUCAAGACCAGCAGUCUGCCAACAUGUUCCUUUCCCAGAGUUCCAUGAGCAACCCUGCUACUCAGGAAGAGCAGAUGUCAUUCUUUACAAGCCCAAAUCCCAUUUCUCCUCUUCAGACAGCAACAAACACUGAACAGCAGACUUCUUUCCAGCAGCAGACGCAGAUCUCUCAUAUCCAGAGCUCCAUGCUUCCCCAGGAGCAGCCCCAGACUCAGCCAGCUCAGCAGGGUUUGUUUCAGUCCCAAGUGUCGUUGGGCUCCAUCCAGUCCAGCUCCAUCCCUCAGAACCAACAAGGAGCCAUCUUCCAGCCUCAGCAUUCGAUUGUUGCUAUCCAGAGCAGCCCUCCAUCUCAGGAGCAGCAGCAGCAGCAGCAGCAGAACAUGAUGUUCAGCAAUCAAAAUGCAAUGAGUACAAUGGCCCCCCAAAAGCAGAACAUGAUUUUCAAUCCAAACCAAAACCCGGUCACCAAUCAGGAGCAACAGGGCCAGUCCAUUUUUCAUCCACAGUCCAACAUGGCCUCGAUGAAUCAGGAGCAGCAGCCCAUGCAAUUCCAGAGUCAGACCACAGUGUCUUCUCUCCAGAAUCCUGGCUCCAACCAGGCUGAAGCACAGCAGCCAACCAUCUUCCAUAACUCACCCCAGAUUCAGCUGGUCCAAGGGUCCCCAAGUUCUCAAGAGCAACAAGUCACCCUCUUCAUCUCCUCAGCUUCCAUGUCUGCCCUGCAGAACAGCAUGAGCCAGCCGGAGCUGCAGCAGUCCCCCAUGUACUCCUCCCAGAACAGCAUGGCAGGAAUGCCAGGAACUGCUUCUCCUCCCCAGCAGCAGGCUCCUCUGUUCCACAACACGGCGGGAGGUGCCAUCAACCAGCUGCAGAAUUCCCCUGCCUCAUCCCAGCAGACCUCGGGAAUAUUCCUGUUCGGCAUCCAGAACAACUGCGGGCAGCUGCUGCCCCCCGGGCCGGCGGCUCUGCCGGAGGAGCUGAUGGCCAUGGGGCAGCCCGGGCAGGCGCAGGGCGAGGCGCAGCCCGCCGUGCCCGCGCUCCUGUCCCAGCCGCUGCCCGAGACCCCCCCGCUGCCCUCGGCCAUGGCCACCAACCAGAACAUGGAGAAGAUCGACGAUCUGCUCGUGUCCUUGCAGAACCAGGGGAACAACAUGGCUGGCUCCUUCUAAUUAGGCAAGUGAAAUUCCAUGGAGAAAAAAAAAGCGACGAUUUCCCAGAUCCUCUCAGACCUUCCAACUCUGGAUUAGGCUGCGUGGAACCAAUUGCUUCUGUGGAAAAGUGGCCUCUUUAAGAGCACACGCGUGGCCAGUGGCAGACCUGAGGCCAUGACCAUGGAGUCUGGGCUCCACAGUGCCAAUAAUGCUGAGGAGUUAUGCUUUGUGUUACUGGGGCAUGGGGUUGGGCUGUUACUGGGUUCAUGAACCUCAUUACAGUGGGGGCUCUUGGAAUUUAAAGCAUAUCUGGUCAGUUAUUAUUGUUGUUGGAAGGUAAUCCAUGUUACCACGUUUACUCUUUCCUUGCUAUUCCUUCUUCCCAUAUCUUUUUUCCCUCGGGAAGCUCGUGCAGCAGAAACAGCAGCUGCCUCUGCCCCGAGCCGUGACUCAGCUGUCAGUCAGUGAAGGGAUCUCUCGAUUGACACGGAGUGGGAGAGCCAGACCCACCCUUAAUGAAUUGAAAGUAUUGAUAACUGUAAUAACCAAGCAGAGAAUUGCUGCUGUAAAUAACCAGUUCCCAUCUGAGAAUGGGAUUAACGGUUUUCCACAUCUGUGGAAGCUGGAGUUACGUAGAGCUGUAUAUAGAGCAAGGGUUUGGUGGCUCUACAAAAUGAAGAAAUGAAGGGGAACUUCCAGUUGAUCUUAAAAUCUUCUCUAAAACACCUUCUGCUUGAAAAGAACAUUCUGUGUGGCUGAGGAAGGGACUCCUUUGUGUCUCUCGUUCUGACUGAUGGGUUGGAGCUCUGUGAAGCCUCAUGAGCUGUUCCCAAACCAGCCUUCUCCCUUUUAUUCCUUCCAUGGUUUUCCUUCUCUCCCUCAGUUUUGUACUUUGUUUUUUUAAAAAAAAGACAUAAAUAUCCUACUGGCUUUAAAGCUAAAGAAACAGCUUUUAGGAAUCCUUGGCAGUAAAUUGCUUAGUCAGUAGAAGCUUUGACAAAUAAUCAAGGAGUAAGGAGAGAGGAAGCAAUUUCUCCACCACCUUCUAAUUGCAGGAAUCCCCCUUAACCCGCCACUUCCAGCUGUGACUGAUGGAAAUCUUCAGCUUGGCUUUACUCCAAGUAGGGGGCAAAUUGCAUCAUUUUUAAGCCUUCUUAAAAGGUCACUUCAUCCCAAGCUGUUGCAUCUUUGUAGCACAUGGAGCUCAUCGCAGUUCUGAAGUGAUUUUUCCUUUUCCUACCACCGAGCCCCAAGUCUGGUUUCUAGAUUGUCAUGUUUAAUUAAGGAAUAAAUCAUCGACUGAUGUUACCGAAUGUAAAAACAACCCACUCCAGACCGUGCAGGUGUAUUGUGAGGCUUGUGGAUUUUUUGGGUGCUUCAACUCUCCAGACAGUGUGUGAUCUCUCACUACAGCCUCGUUGAGAUCCGUGUUCCUCCCGCUGCCGCCGGAGCCGAGCCGCUCCCGCGGCGCCCGUUCCGCCUCGGUAGAGUGUAGCUGGUAUCACGUCAUUCUUCAUUUUUGUUAUUUGAAAUAACAAAGGAACAGUCUGUAAAUGGUUUUUUUUAAGUUCCUCGAGUCUGUUUACUGUGUGUUUUCCCCUUAACUCGUGUGCGUAGUUGAGCCGUGUAGUUUUCGUUGGUUUUCCUGGAUUUCCCCCGUUUGUUGGUCUGUCACGACGUUCACUUUCUCUUUCUGUCUCUCUCUUUCUCUCUCUCAUUGAGAGGCAUUGAAUUACGUUUUCAGUAGUAAGGCUUCUUGCCGAUAUGAAGGGAACUUUUCAGAAAGAGACCUGCUCUGGGUCAUUUAAUUUUGAAUACAGUUUUCAAUCGUUCAAGUUUUGGAUGGUUUAUAUCUAAUGUGUGUUUCAUUUUUUUGGAAAGCUAUAUUUUGUAUUUAGGAAAUGGUAUAACUAUUUUGCUAUUUGUACUGAGUGAGUACAUUGGCAUAAAUAUAAAAAUUUAUAUAUAUACAUAUAUAUAAAAUAUUCUUUUUGCCACACAUUUUUGUGGUAAAUUUGUGAGUUUGUCUGAUGUUCUACCACAACGUGGCGUCUGAUAACAGUGGGGUGGGGUGGGGUUUGUUAUGUCUUUAUUGAGUAUUUAAGUACUUUUUGCAACAUAAAUAACGUGUUCAUCUCUCGCCAUUCCAUCAGGCAGUGUUGGUCCAGCUGGCCACGAGAAGCUUCGCUCUGUGUUUGGUGUGUCCCUCACUCACAGCCUAGCCAGGAAACCCAGAGGCAUUUAGGAUUAUAUAAAAUAUGAAAUAUUGGGGUUUCCCUCAGAAUGAGCCAUUCAGCUUUUCUCCACUCUCAUUGCCUAUUUAAUAUUUUAUUAUUAGCGCCUCUGUGUUUUAACUCCUAAUUUAUGAUUAUGCUCAAACGUUGGAAAUUUUAAUCAGGACAGAAAGAAUUCCCUGCCUGCAUCAUGUCCAGAGCUGCUUUAACCCCGACCCAGACUUCUUCUUUCUGUAUUUUAUUUUUUUUCCCCUGCUAAGACAAAACAUUACCAACAUCUUGUAAUGGUUCACAACAUGAAAGCAGCAGCCCCCAGCAGUGCCCAGGUGCUGUGUGGGGCUGCUCAGGCUGAGAACAAUGGACCCAACAACGUCCAGAGCGCCGUGGAAGUCCAUAGGCACUCACUGGGAAAGGAACUGGUGGUGUUUGCAGGAUCUGUGUCCCAGGACGAGCUGCUGGGUGUCACCUGGGGCCGUCGGACACGGAAGGAGUGACAGGAAGGACGGAUUUGCUCGCGUGCUGCUUCAGUGUGCUCCUUGUUCCCAAGGGCUCUAUCCAUUUGUUGGUCAGUGCCAAGUCACCAGGGACCAAUUCUCCAUGGAACAGGAUGAGUGCCCGGAAGAGAACCUCAUCCCAAGCCUGCCACAGCUCCAGGGAAGGGUAUGUUUGAAUUGUGGGCGUGCUUGAGGUCACUCAUGAAGAGAAGAGAGAAAAAAACAUACACAAAAAACCAACCAAGGGCUGUGCUAUCCCAGUUUUCCCUUCUGGAAACACCUUCCUUUCCUCGUGUUAAAUUUACCUGUUCAUUUUAGGUCAAUGUUUAAAUGUACAACACUUUGAACAUGUGAUUUGGUUACAAAAAGUAUUUGUGUGACUGAAGAGGUCGCUCAGCGGUUGGUGCGUGCUCUUUGGCAGCAGCUCUGAGGGUGGAGGGGUUGGAUCAGCCCCAGAAGAGCUCAAGGACAGGCUGCAGGGUGUCAUGGCAGGGAGCACAGCCUGAGCCACGUCUGUGGCUGACCAGGGCCCUGAACAUUCACUUGUGGCAUUUUGAGCACUUGAGGUUGGGCAGCAGAGCUUCUCUAUGACCCCUGUGUUCCAGGAGCACAGGCAGCACUGGCAUCGUGUCUGGGCCCUUUGGGUGACAGCGAGGAUGCUGAGGUACCAGUCUGUGUCAGUCCAGCAUCCCUGGGGGUCCCAGAGCACCCGUUUGUGGGCACAGGUGAGAGCUGAGGGAGAUGGAGCUGCCAACCCCCCCGUGUCCCCUCAGCUUUUACCCUGAGUGUGCCCAGAGCCCACCCAGACACCACGGAGCCAACACUUAGUGCACAGUUUGAGCUGAACAUCUCCUCUGGCACGGAGUCACUGGUGCUUUAUGCUUAAUUAACAGUUGGUUUGGUAUUAAUUGCCUCCUCACUGCCUGGUCUUGCAGUAAGCCAAAUGCUUUGCUCUUAUUUUAACACAAAUCUAGUUCAAGAAAUAAUUCCAGGCUGUCUGUUCUGAAGUUGGUGUCCCCUCUCUGAUCAGUGAUGAUGAUUUCUUCUAAUCACUGACAGGGUGGCUGCUUCCCAUGUAAUUUUGAGGUAAAACAAGGCGUGAGCAGUCAAACAUAAUCUCAGCAGGUUUUUACUGGGCAGCUGUGUCAGUGGACAUUUUCCUCACUUGCAUAAGCUGAACGUUAGUUUUUAAAGUUUCCAUUGAUAUUUUGAUUUAGAAUCUAAUUUCUAAAAGGAAAAUACGUCUGAAUGGAUUUUUAUUUCUGUUUUGUUGUGCCUCUGCUUGGCUAACAGUUGGGUUCCUUUUCCAGGGCCAUUGUGGGAGAGCAGAGGGAGCACAGACAUGGAUCUGAGUGAGGGGAGCAGGAGAGAGGAGAGGGAGUUGCUUGGCAUGCUCCAAGCUGUAGGUGGAAGGCAGGAACAGGAAAUUCUGGUCACUGCUCACUGCUCAUUAGUGCAAAACUCAGUUUCAGGGAGUUGGGGGGUUUUGUGUUUAGGGGGGCUCAGGGUAGCACUGUUCUAUAGAAGCUAAAAGCACACAGCAGUGGGAUGCUGGGUUUGUUCUUUGUUUUAAUUUGGGCUGGUUUCAUUUUUUGUGGCAGCCCGUGAGCACUCUGUGUUCAUGCUCAGACCAGCUGUGCCAGCUGUGGUGCCACAGCACCGAGGGUCAGCAUUGGAAAUGGGGUAAAUGUGUUAGAAACAAGGAAAAAUGCAGCAGGGGGUGAACUCCUGCCAGAGGGAACUUGGGAAAUUCUCUAGGGGACUGGGGGAGGUCACACAAGAGGAGAGGCUUUUCCUCUCCCAGGCUGUAUAGGGAUGUAAAUAUGCACUGCCUGUAUAUUCUAGGAUUAUAUAUAUGUAUAUAGAGGAGUCAGAUUAUAUAUAAAUAAUAGUAGACACAGCAUUACAAUACUGUUAUAUUUACAUUUUUAUAAACAUGAAAUAAUACUCCUUUUCCUCAGUAGGAGGUUUUUGUAGUAACUCAUGAGUAGCUGUCUCACACCUCUCAGUCCUGGACGUGUGGUCCUGUUGGUGACAUGGCUCCAGAACUUGCUGUGCUUGGGAGCCUCGCUGGGAUCUGUGGCUUGCAAGCAGCUGUGGCCACUUUUGUAGUUUUAUAUCUUUUAGUUCAUACUUGCAGAUGUGGUUUAGGGUAGAAAUGACACCCAGGCUGAGGAUGGCUUCCUGCAGCCCUGAGCAUCCCUGGGCUUCCCCUGAGCUGUUUCCAUCCCAGUGUGGCAGCAGCUGGUGCAGACAGGGGUUGGUGGUGGCUGUGCUGCCCAGGGCUGGGCUGACACCAGCCCAGGUGUGGCAUGUGACUGUGUAGCACAAGGUCCCUGCUUCUGCUGGGUCAGGGAGGGGAAGCUCCUCUGCCAUUUCUCUUUAUUCCCAUGAGAGCAGGAGUCUGUAAACUGAUUUUUUUUAACUGAUUCAUUAGUGCAACAAUCAACAUCUAGAGAGCACCUUGAAAGCCAGUGAAGCUCCCCUUGAAUUCUGUCCGUGGGGAACCUGCCAUGACUCAUGCUGAUUUCUUUCUUGCAGGUUGUGUGAGGAAUUAAACCCUAAGAAUCAUAGAAUAUCCUGAGCUGGAAAGGACCCACACGGAUCCCCCAGUGCCCCCCCUGUCCCUGCCAGACCCCCACCAACCCCACCCUGGGCAUCCCUGGCAGCGCUGUCCAAACCCUCCUGGAGCUCUGGCAGCCCGGGGCCGUGCCCAUUCCCUGGGGAGCCUGGGCAGUGCCAGCACCCUCUGGGGAAGAACCUUGCCCUAAAAUCCAACCUAAACCUCCCUGGCACAGCUCCAGCCUUUAAAUCAGGUCAUAAAUUCAAUAAUGUGUAUUGUGUCCAACAUGACUUUCAAUUCCAAAUCCACUGGAAUUUGUCCUGAGUGGAUCAGUGUUAUCCUGGUACAGGCCUUCUUAAAUCACCUCCAUCACACUGAGAGCCAGUGUCCUCCUUUGUUCUCUUGGAGUUUGCAGAGCUGAGCUCUGCUUUUUCCAGGGAUCUGUCAUUUUUGCUGUUACACUUCAUUAAAUUGCCCAGUGACAUUCACUGUGUAGGGACAGGGCAAGGAACCCAGGGAUUCCCUGCUCAUUGACCCCUCUGUUCAGGUUCCAGCAGCCCUCUGUGACACAUUCCAGCUCCAGACCUGGGAUUAGGGAGGGGUCCUGUGUUCACUGGCAGGUAAAUGGCCUUGGCUUUGUUUUGGCCCUGGAGCUGCCCUGUGAACGGGAUCGGACCCGAGUGCCCUGGGCAGGACCAUGGCUGCCCCUUGGGAUAACGUGUCCAGGGGCAGGUUCCUGUUUGGAAGAGGCUCUCUGGGUCUUGCAGAGCUGGGAUCCCAUUCCAGUACCCUUAGCAGCCCCUGCAGCAUUCCUGAAGCUUUUUUAUUCUGGAUAGAAGGAGGCAAUUUGAAUUAUUUCCAUCUGAGCUGAUGCUGAGUUAAGCUCCAACCCCUUCAGAGACAGAGCAGAGCUCCAACCUCUGUCUCUUUCCCAGCACCUCAGGUGGGCUCUCCCCUGCCUGCCAGAUGUUCUGGGUGCACCCUCGACCGCUGAGCUGCCUCUUCUGUGUCCUGCAAUGUGAAAGUAGCACCAGAUACUCCUUCGUGCAGUUCUGUGUAUAUGGCUUUCGUAGGUGGGUUUUCCAAGCACUGAUUCCCGGUGUUUUCAGUUUGUCUAUGAGGGGAUAUUUUAUUUGCAUCUAUGUUUUUAGCUCUCCUGUGAUAACUUGUUGAAUAUUAAAAAAAAAAAAUAUUUUGCUUCUAUUGGGACAUUUGUAUACUCGCAACUAUAUUUCUGUAAACAGCUGCAGUCGAGAAUAAACGAUGAAAGUUUUCAUUUUA